AUUUUUCGUGUGAUUUAAUGAAUAGAGUAAUUGUCGUGUAUUUUAUUAGACACAUAAUUUAUAAUAAAUUUCAGUCAUUUUAAAACUUAAUUAUUAGAAAAAAUGUUCACAAAUUCAAUGAAAUUCCUAUUCUAUGUGUCACUCUAUCUGCUAAUAAUAGCUGCAGAUAUUGAAUGCUUUAACAUAACGAUUACGAAACGCAUCGACGACUCCAAUGCCCACACAAUUGGGCUAUUAAUGGACAAAAGGAGUCAAACAAAUGCCACGAUUUUGGACGCAUUGAACGCCUCAUCGCACCGUCACCCACAGGAAUACCGGUUCACUGGCAUACACUUCCCAAGCCUAGGCUAUUAUAUACAGUCGAUCGGACAGUUGUAUGAGAAUAGGCACCAAAACAAGUAUUGGUUUGUCUAUGAGUUGGACGCAAAGGGUGAACACCGACCUACCAAUGGUGUUUCGUCGCACAUCACAAAUAAUACUCAUUACGUGUUUCACUAUAAGACUCACAAAUUUGAUUCAAAAGUGGACACCAAUUGGAUUAGUGUUACAAAAAGUUUUGCC